AUGGCACAGAACCUACCAAAACUCCCAGACUGGGAGCAGAUCAGCACGAACAUUGUUCGCAUCCUGGGCGGGAAUCCUAGCAAGUUCACGCUCCAGGGCACAAACACGUAUCUCCUCGGCACAGGGCCCCGGCGCAUCUUGAUCGACACGGGGGCGGGCGAGAAGAAGUGGAUCGACACGUUACGCACCGUGUUGACCUCGCAGAGCAGACCCAUCACCGUGUCGACAUGCCUGCUGACACACUGGCACCACGACCACCUAGGCGGGGUGAGAGACCUGGAAAAGCUCUGCCGGGAACUCAACAGUCCCGAAGAGGGAGGAGGGGCAGUGAAGGUCUACAAGAACCAACCGACGUGGAACCCGGACGGCUUGAUCGACCCUUCGCGCGUGCACGACAUCCUAGACGGGCAGAUUUUCUCCGUUCCUCCCUCAGAGGACUCGGCGUCGGGCAGGACAACAACAGAGGAAGCGCCGUUUGAGAUCCAAGCGAUCCACACUCCUGGCCAUGCCAAAGACCACAUGGUCUUCCAGAUCACGUCGUCGCCCGACCCGACGGAAGUGGGGGCGCUGUUCACGGCGGACAACGUGCUGGGCCACGGCACGGCCGUGUUCGAAGACCUGCACCUGUACCUACAGAGCCUGGACGUGAUGAAGAGGCGGGUGGCGGACGCCGUCGUCACGCAGCAAGCGCAGAAGGGCGGCACGAUCACGAGCAAGAGGGCGUUCCCAGGGCACGGGGCCGUGAUCGACGACGCCGUGGCCAAGAUCGACGAGUACAUUGCACACCGGCGAAUGCGCGAGGAAGAGGCCCUGAACGUGCUCAAGCACGGCACCACGACGCCGCCAGGCGGCUCGGAGCCGCUCGUGCACGACAGCAUCACGCGAGUCGGCGAUGACGGCGACGACGAAGCCGCAGGCGCUUCCCCUGCCAACGUUGCCGUCGGUGGAGGCGAGAUCGCGCUGGGCAAGGAGUGGGAGAGUAUCGAGAUGGUCAAGGUCAUCUACCGCCACUACCCGGAGAACCUGUGGCAGCCGGCCGAGAACGGGCUGCUGAUGGUGCUCGAGAAGCUGCGGCGCGACGGCAAGGUCGUGCGCUCCAAGGAGGGGAGGUGGCGGGUCAGUGAGAAGGCUACGCUUUGA